GUGAUCUGCAGCAGCCGGCAGCGUUCGGGGCCGGUUAGCAGCCAGCGACGGCUGCUGGAAGGGACAAGUGGCUUUCUCUUGACAAGGUGGAUCUGUACUUCAAACUCUUUCCUUUUGAAGCUCUCCUGUCCAGCUGCAGUGAUGUGGCUGUUGGAGAAGAUCAGAGCAUCACAUGAAAAUGGAAACUUCCCUAGCUCCUCCUUCCUGGGGCUGCCAUCUGGCCAGAAUCUGCCAGAGAAAUCCCACCUGGGGGCUGCUGCUUUUCCCAAUGUGCUCACUCCUGACAGAAUCCCCAAGUUCUGCAUUCCCCCCAGGCUGACCAGCUCUGGCCCUGUGAAGGGCACUGGCUUCCGCCAGGACCACAGUUCAGAGGAUGCAGAUCCUAAUUCUUCUGGCUACAGCCCCAGCUCUUUACCACGUCUCAUUCAGGUGGAAAGUGCUGAAGAGAUCCCAGACCUGGAGGAGGAAAGCACCAACUCAGACCCCCAGUCCCAAGCAGCACUCUCCCUGCCUCACUUUCCCAGAGCCCCCACUUCCUACGGCUUCUGCACUUUGCUGGAGAGUCCCCACACCAGGAGGAAGGAGUCCAUCUUCCAUGGUGACCCACGUGGUGCUCUGCCCAGCCUGAUGCUGUCUCGAUCCAGAGCUAACACACUCUCUGGCAAAGGGAGUAUGUCUAAUCCCAUUGCUAUCAGCUUUGCCUCUGUGAGGCUCCCUCCCAAGCAUCUCUCUCUGCACAGGCAAGCUGCCUGUGACAGUGACACAGCCUCCUCCAGUGACUCCUCUCCUUUCAGCUCUCCCCUGCUCAGCAGGUCACCUCCCAAAUCCUGCUCCCGGAUCAAAACGCAAAGUCAGGAGGGGUUGCUGUGCCGAGCGCUGAAAGCCAAGAACAAAUCCAGCAUGCCCAGGAACAAUUCCCUCUCCACAGAGGAGAGCAGCUCCACUGACAACAGCCCCAGUGCCAUCAGGCGGGCCUCAGCGGGGCUGCUCAGCACACGGAGCGGCAGCAUGUCCUGUUCUCCCAUCUUUCCCCUGGACCUGGCCCGCAGCCAGGAGAGAGCAGUGGGAGAGAGCGCGGUGGUGAUGGGCAAGGGAGGCUUGUUGAGGCUGUUGGCUGAAUACUGCUCGGAGAACGAAAGGCUGCGGAUCCGCCUGAUCAGUGCAGAGGGUUUAUAUGAGGACUCUGUAGAGCCCAAGACUAUCAACUGCUGUAUCACCUUCUCCCUGGUGCCAGGGAAAACACAGAAGCAGAGAAGCACUGUUAUAAAGAGAAGCAGAAAUCCCAUCUUCAAUGAGGACUUCUUUUUUGAUGGCAUUGCAGAAGAGCAGCUUUACAGCCGCUCUGUAAAGAUGAAAGCAGUGAAUAAAGGGUGCAGUAUGAAACGGGAUUACACCUUAGGGAAGCGGGAGUUGUCUUUAAUAAGUAUGUUGUCAGUGUAAUACUUCAAACAUUCCAACAGGCUAAUCUUGGCUUCUGAAAGUUUUCUACUAAAUAAAGUUUUGGGUUGACUUUCUUA